UGAGAGAGGUUACAAUUAAUUUGUAACCCACUUCUGUUACAGCUAGACAAAUAAUAGAAAAGCACAAGAAAAGUAGAAAACGCAGGCUGCUUUCAAUAAUAAAAAUUAGAACCGACCUUUCUACUCCCAUUUCUCUCUCUCUCUCUCUCUCGGGGGCACACUCAGACACAACCGGCAAGAAGGAUGCAAGACAGUAUAGUAUUGUAUCCCUCUCCGGGGAUCGGUCAUCUGAUCGGCAUGGUGGAGUUUGGAAGGUUCCUCCUUCACCACUAUCCUUCCUUCUCCAUCACCAUCCUCAUCACCACUCCACCUACCAACCUUGGUUCCACCGCUCCUUACAUCCGACACAUCUCCACCAAAACCCCAUCCAUCAUCAUCCACCACCUCCCCAUCAUCUCUCUUCCUCCAUCCUCUACCCUCCUUUUGGAGAUCCUCCAUCUCAACAACCCAAACGUACACCACAUCCUCAACACCAUCUCCCUCACCACCAAUAUCCGAGCCUUCAUCAUUGACUUCUUCUGCACCCCAGCUCUCGAUGUCGCCACUUCCCUCAACAUCCCCACGUACUACUUCUUUCCCUCUGGUGGUGCCGGCCUUGCUGUUCUCCUCCACUUCCCGAUUAUCCACAAUACCACCACUAAGAGUUUCAUAGAUCUUAAUACUCAUAUCUAUUUCCCAGGUGUCCCACCCAUCCCAGCCUCGGACAUGCCCGAACCACUUCUCGAUCGAACCUCUAGUCCCUACCAAUACUUCCUAGAUAUGGCUACUCACAUGCAGAAAUCAAAAGGAAUCAUUGUCAACACCUUUGAAGCUCUUGAAGCCAGAGCAAUCAAAGCAAUUUCUGAUGGAAUUUGUAUUCCUAAUGGUCCAACCCCGCCAGUUUACGCCAUUGGACCAUUGAUUGCGGACAAUUAUCAAACAGGUGGUGCUGACGACGAUGCUGCCAAGUGUUUGACGUGGCUAAACUCACAGCCCAGUCGCAGUGUCAUCUUCCUAUCUUUUGGUAGCUUAGGUUUGUUCUCCGCGGCGCAGUUGAAGGAGAUUGCAAUUGGGUUGGAGAACAGUGGCCACAGAUUCUUGUGGGUGUUGCGUAGUCCGCCGACAGAGGACACGAGCAAGCACCUUGAAGUGCCGCCGGAUCCCAUUCUCAACUUGGAUGAUUUACUGCCAGAAGGGUUCAUGGAACGGACUAAGGACAGAGGUCUGGUGGUGCAGUCAUGGGCACCACAGAUAGCUGUACUGAGUCGGGAAUCGGUGGGUGCGUUUGUGACUCACUGUGGUUGGAAUUCAGUGUUGGAAGCUGUUUGUGCUGGGGUCCCAAUGAUAGGAUGGCCUCUCUAUGCAGAGCAACGGAUGAACCGGGUGUUCUUGUUAGAGGAAAUGAAGCUGGCUAUACCAAUGGAUGAUUCAAAAGAUGGGUUUGUGAGUUCUACUGAGGUUGAGAAACGAGUUAGACAGAUGAUGGACUCGGAGGAAGGAAAAGCUCUCAGAGAGCGAGUUAUGGUAAUGAGAGAUGCUGCAAUGGCUGCGAAGAGUGAAGGUGGGUCGUCUCGUGUUGGAUUAGCCAAGUUGGCCGAGUCAUGGAAUCGAUAUUGAAUGUGCAAAAACCAGCCGCAUAGUCAACCGUGGGAAUGGUAGCUGAAUUGGUAGGCGCAUCUAUUUUCUCUUAUGUGUACUUUCUUUUCGUUUUAUCGUUGGACAUAGAUUAAUUAGGGUGUUGCGAAAUAUACAUCAUAUCCAAUUUAUAGAUCGAUUGUUUUCUUGUUAUA